GAAGUAGGUGACAUCUUGUUUCCGGAACAAGAGGAGUUGCGUGAAGAAGCGUAAGGUUUAUGUUGGAAACCGUGAAGUCCUAAGACGUUGAUUGAACAGUGCAAUGCAAAUUACUAUAACAUAAGCGUUUAAUUAACAUAGAGCCAAGGAGAUGUCCGAUACUGUAGCCUUUCAUGCUCAGCUAGCCUCCAUCAUUGAGGUUUUGGCGAAUGCAGCCGUUGCCGAAAUUUGCAAACUUGUAGAUGACGGCCAUGCUGCCUUACGUUUGGAAAUUUCACAUAGUCAGAAAGAAAUUGAUAACCUGCGGAGGAAGCUGCUUUUGACAAAAUUCCAGAAUUCUCGACGGAGCGCAGAGAAAUUGGGAGUCCUGCAACGCACAGUUCACCGACGCGUGGACACCGAUAAUUUUACCCGGGCAAGGGCAAGAGAGAGCUUCGUAGAAAAGCCAACAGACAGUCUUGGAUAUUUGCAGAAUUGUUUUGCCGACACUGAAGGGAGCAACUUUACACAGAAUGUAGCCAACUGGAGAGACUCAGGACGCACAGCAACAGACCAGGAUUGGGGCAUGCAGAUUGCAGAUAUGCAAGAGGCACCUCUUAUCAAAAUGGAGAACCAUGGCACCAGCAGAACAGAAGAGAUUGUCCAACUGGUCAGUGAGAGCAGUGAGAAGAUCAUUGUGGCAGAACCAGGUUCUUCAUCAUCUACUGAAACCACAGACCUUCUGGACCAGCAGGGCAACAGACACAGAGCUCCAGACACCUCACUCAAUAUAGAACCUGAAAACCAGACGUUCCAGCAUCCAGCAUCACAAUACAACAGAGCAACACAGGACCAUCAGGUUGCUGAGGGUGUGACCUGGGAAACUGACCAUCAACCCAUAUCAUACAGCCUGUCCCAAUGGACAGAGAACCACAAGACUGACAAUCGAACUGUGAAUGCUCUUCACAAUGCUGGGCCAGACUCCAAAAGGCUGUCUGGACAUCCAGAGAGGAGAGGGGUGUCUGGUAACUCUGGGGUCUGCAUGUCUGCUUUGGGCUCUCUGGACUGGCUGCCUGAUGUGGUGAUGGUGGACACGGUUCCUAUUAAAGUGGAGGCAGAUAUGAGUUCAGAAUGGAGCAUAACUGGUCAAGAGGUGACAUCUGGAGAUGUCUGUUCAGACAGCAGGCAGCUUGUGGACAACAGAAGAAGAGGGGGAAUGGAAUCUGGACAGACAAAGUGUCCCCCUGACACUCAACAUGCUGAACAAGGGACAACUGUAGGAUCAAUGUCCAAGAUGCCAGAUUUCAAUGGACUGUCCAACCGAAACAGAUUUUCAUCCCCAAGGGUUACUCUCCACCAGGUUCCCCAAAGAGGGAAGCCAGCCCACUUCCCAAAUUUCAACAGAGGCUCCACUUCUUCACCGAAAGGCAUAGAAAAGCAGCCACAACAGCUGACGUCUCACUCCACCAAGAGGCAGCUCCGGUGCAGCCUCUGCGGAAAGCCCUUCCACCAGCCGGCGCACCUGCGGAGUCAUAUGCGGGUGCACACAGGGGAGAAACCGUACGGCUGCAGCCACUGCACCAAGCGCUUCUCCCACAGCCACCAGCUGAAGAUGCAUGAGAGGGUGCACACCGGAGAGAAACCGUUUCAAUGUGUCUACUGUGGGAAGUCCUUCACCCAGUCCGGCAACAUGAAGAAGCACCUCCUCGUCCACACUGGUGGCAGGCCACAGGACAUUGUGCUGCCCUGAGUGUUCCAGGGUGAAGUUUCCCCUAGGUACAGAUCUAGGAUCAGCUUCCUCUCUCACAAUCUUAACCUUUGUCAUUAGUAGAAAGAAAUGCUAAACUGACCCAACAUCAGUGUCUAGGGGCAAUUUAACACUACUCUACCCUGCGAAUGAAAUGCAGGGCCAGUAGUUUUUCCUCAGAACGUGACCAGACCGGGGGAAAUCUCCUGGUCCUAGUUGUAAGUGGAAUGGCUCCACACUCGUGGGUUUUCAUAUGAAAACUGAGUCGAUGUGUUUUUAACAGUUUGAUUGGUUUCUACAUUGAACGGUUCUGGUGUGUAGUGGUUGUGUUUUCAGUUUACUGGCUUGAUGCUUGGUCCAGAGUGGAUAGAUAAUGUAUAAGUUAUGAAGAAGACUCGAUCCUGAGCUAGCCUGACGACUCACACUAAAUUCUUCAGCUGCUCUGUCGUUCACUACAUACUUUAGUCUGAGACUGCCAUCAUUGAAGUUGUUUGUGGUGAUGAGGGGCACUAUGGGUGUUGUACAAAAUAAAGUAAUCAGUGACUGGAUCGUCUCGAACCAAUUAAGAGCGUCCAUGCCAAUGACGAAUUUUCAAACCAUAGCUUUAAUCGUGCGUUUUCUGACUCUGGCCCAACCCAAUCGGUUUCUGGACCAAUCAGACAGCCCUGAAUGUGUUCACAUUCAGUGAAGGGUCGGUGAGGUACUCCGAUCUGGACUCAUUGCUCUCAAGAAACUGACAUCUGAGGGAGUGGCGUAGGGUUUGGCCAGAGCAAAGAGUCUUGGUAGCCAGGAAAAUCCUGAUCCCCGGUAGAAUCCAGUACAUUGUGGUUACAGGUUCCUGUGAAUGACGACAUGAACCAUUAUAUUCUUGCUGUAUGAUUGAUGCACUGCAUACACCCCUAUUACCAAUGUAAUUAUUAGUGCGGUUUGCGAAGCACGAGACCCCACUUUAAAUCUCCGUCAUACUUUAUAUUAUUAUUUGGAACGCUACUCCUCUUACACCGUUUAAGCUAGAAACGCCAUUCAAACUUUAAACGUGCCGAGAGGUCAGGACCAAUGUGCUUGCAUACAACUUUUUAUAGCUUUUGUACUUUUUAAACUACUAAGAUUUUUGUCCCUUAUUUACUUUCAUAGUUUUUAUUCAACAUUAUAAAGGUCCUAUUGUGACAUCA